UGCAUAUGUUAUUAGUUCGGUAUGAAUGACAAUCAACAAAGAAAAAUUUCUAUACUGUUCAUUUUGAAUGCUACUGGCAUUUGCAUACGUAACAUUAUAGAUACAAUAUAUGAUAUAUAUAUAUAUAUAUAUAUAUAUAUAUAAUAUAUAUUUAAGUAAUGUGUAAAUUUACGAAAAAAGAAAAAAGAAGUAAUGGGAAGAAUAUUAGAAAAGAGAAGUUAUAUGUAUCAAUUGAGAGAGUGAAAAUACUUAAUUAAAUUUAGGGUACGAAUAAAACUUUAAUUUUACAAGUUAAAUAACGCUUGGAGGUCCUCAGCUAUGAUGAAAGUUUUUAUAAUUUUGAAUUGUUUUCUAAUUGCUGUUGUUCACAAUAAAUGUUUUCGGUCUCGAAGCAACCUACUUGCUCUGACAACCGACCUGACAUCAAAUGGAAGUUGUUCCAACUGCAGUCUCUGCGGCGUGUCAGCGCAAUCUGCACCAACCUCUGUAGAGAACAUAACAUUGCAAAGCAGCACCAACGAUGCUACCAAGAUGUUGAUGGAGUGUGCUUGGAUGUGUCAAACUACUGCUCAAUGUGUUGGAUUCAACUUCAGAUGGAAUAAAAUAAACUUAGCUGAAAAUGUACUUUGUCAGUUCUUCUCCUACACUCCCCAACUCUAUCUCUCCGAGGAUCUCUGCGUCUUUUAUGGGAGUAUGUCAAACUUAGAAAACUUUUCGAGCUUUUUGCCAAGGUUGUAUCCGAGAAAUCCGAAGUUUUGUACAGAAUACUCUACGAGGAACAAAUAUUUUGUUAUGCAGCGUCGCAUGGAUGGCUCGGAGAACUUUAACAGAAACUGGACUGAUUAUGGAAGAGGAUUUGGUGACCCGAGGAAAGAGUUUUGGAUCGGAAACGACAACAUCCACCGCAUAACGUCCAACCAAAAGUACAAAGUUUUAUUCGUGUUGGAGGAUUUCGAAGGGAAGGUGGCGUGUGCAGCUUAUGAUUCAUUCAGUGUUGGCUCGCCAGAUACUUACUACGUUCUGAACAUCGGAAAAUACAGUGGAACAGCUGGAAACUCAAUGAGCUAUCACGCCGGCAUGGCAUUCACAACUUACGACGGCGAUCACGAUGGAAGUACCGGAAGCAAUUGCGCGCGGUACUUUCAUGGGGCAUGGUGGCAUAACAGCUGCUUGACAGCCUGUCUCAACGGCUUGUACCUCAAAGGAUCACACUCUUCUUUUGCAAAUGGAGUUAACUGGCAAACAUUCCGUGGUUAUAAUUAUUCUCUCAAGUUUGUUGAGAUGAGAAUCGAGUUAGUUUAACUCAUUCUCAUGCAGUUAUCAGCAUCACGUACAUAAAAAUAAUGUUGAAACGUUUAAUAUUUAGCGAGAAUUAAGCUUGAAACCAUUGGUCGAUACUCUAAUGUUAAGAAGCUUUGUGCUAUUAAAUAAAAAUUAUAGAAAUUUCAAAUAACAAUUGAUAUUUUAAUUAGGAUUAAUGAUAGAAACUAUUUGGUAAGCACGUUUUACCUUGAAUAACUUGGUUUUGUUUGAGUGUGACUCAAAUAUUUUAGAAUCAAUAUUUUUUGUCAUUCAUUAGUUAUUGAGAAUUAAAUUAAAAAUGGCGUUAAUCAUGAGAAA